AUGGACCAGCUUAAUAGUUUAACACUAUGGGAUGUCAAAGAUGUAUUCAAUAAAGUAAAAAAUGUUGUAAUGAACUACACCGAAAUGGAAGCCAAGGUUCGCGAGGCCACUAAUAAUGAGCCUUGGGGAGCCAGCAGCACUUUAAUGCAGGAGAUUGCGCAAGGCACAUAUAGCUACCAGCAUUUCAAUGAAAUUAUGCCAACAAUAUAUAAACGGUUCACAGAAAAGGAAGCUAGACAAUGGCGUCAAAUUUACAAGGCUCUUCAAUUGCUUGAAUACCUCGUUAAGCAUGGACCCGAAAGAGUAGUAGAUGAUGCUCGAGCUCAUAUGGCUACCAUUAAGUUGUUGAGAAAUUUUACAUACAUCGAUGAAAAGGGAAAGGAUCAAGGCAUUAAUGUUAGAAACAGAGCAAAAGAACUUGCAGAACUUUUGAGUGAUGUGGAAAAAAUUAGACAAGAGAGAAAAAAAGCGAGAGCCAACAGAACAAAAUAUACAGGUGUGAGCUCCGAUGCUUUUGGAUAUGGUGGAUCAUCAAGAUAUGGGGGAUUCGGUAAUGAUUCGUAUUCUUCUUACAAUGAGGAUCGUAUACGUACCAGAUACGACGAGCCAGAAACGCAAUGGCAAAGUGAUUAUCGAAUUGGUAGAACCUCCCCUACGGACGACAGACGAUCCAGUGUAGUCGCAACACGGUUCAGCCAAAGUUCAGCAAAAAAAUCAGUAGAAUUGUCACCAACUAAUUCGGAAGUCAAAAACGAAGUUAAUUUGUUUGAUUUUGGUGAAACGCCGAAUUCCAUUUCCAACCCUUCAACGUUCACGAAUGAUUUCGGUACAUUGCAGUCGGCAGCUGUUGAUGAGGAAUUUCAAGAAUUCCAGAGUGCACCAUCUCCUGUUCCCUCUUCACAAAGAUCAUCGAUUACACAGCCACCUUCCAGUUUAGCCGGACUUCAGAUCAAUCCUGUUCCACAAGUGCAUCCUAUUGUUAAUAAUAGUGCAUCGAGUGCUACCGUGAAUAAACCCGGAGUAAAUAAUAAUUUGCUUGACGAUUUGCUUGGACCUUCUCCAGUCAUUGCGUCUCAAAGUACGAGUUUGCCUGUUGUAACAGGUUCGAUAAAUUCGACUCUCCCUAUUAGCCCCACGAAGACUAACUCCCCAACAACACCUAAACAAAAUUCCUCGAAUUCCAAACCAGCUUUUCCUGCUCUAAAAUCUGACGAUAUCUGGGCACAGGCAUCUAACUUGGUUAGUUUGGAUUCUUUAGGAAAGGAUACCAGCACCAAGCAGCCAACGAAGCCAUCAAUGAAUUCUCUUGCACAGGCUGAUUCAUCAUCUUGGGCGGUUAAAGGUACUUGGACGGGAGUGCAACAGAUGCAACACAACCCGGGUGGUGCUCAAAAACCUCAAGACCCAUUCGAUUUAUUAAUGUAA